CUGUGUGGGGGGGGUAAGGGUUCUAUCUCCAUUCCUCUCCAUAGGGUCUGACCUCGGUAGAGCGGGGGGUCUGUCCCCCCCCAUUAUAGGGGUCUGUCCCAGGUAGAGCGCUGUCACUUACCCCUGUAUCAGCAUCCAUCCCAAGUAGAGUGCUGUCGGAGGUCUCCCCUCACCCUUUUCAGGGCAGGUGCCUGCAGGGUGGGCCGUGCAGUACUGGUACACUAUGGGGAGUACCUGUAGGAGGGCUCCCGGAUCUCCACAGCUGGUUCUUUGUCUCAGUCCCCAUCCCUUGCUGGGAUGUUACGUAAACAGAUGAGCCGGGAGUAGUGGUGCCCCAUGCCUCGUAUUUCUAUCUGUUUUAUUAUCUGAGAGAUGAGGCGGGGGAGGUAAUAUCUGUUAUUGGACCAACUUCUGUUGGUGGAAGGGACAAGUUUUUGAGCUUCACGUCUGGAGAAGGAAACCAAAGUGGUCAAGCUAAAUAGAAGAGAAGGCGGUUGGAAGACAAGAACCUUGCAUUUGGAGCAGAAGGUGGUGCUUGUGAUGGUCAUUAGUUCCUGUGGGGUUUGUCCUGCUGUCUGGGACAGGCCCCCAAGAAAUCUCAGACUUUUGCACAGAUGAGCUUUACCCUUUUGGUAAAAAGUUCCAUUCUGCCUGAGGAGCGAAGCUGUCUAGAAGGAUCUUCAUCCCGGAGCAUGAGGCUGUCUUUUAGGAGGAACAAUGGACUGGCCCCCAACAAAAGUCAACAGAUGCUGGGGGAAGGUGUCCCACCUGAAAUGGAGAUGAUCUGGAAGGCUGAAGUACUCUGAAUGAACCAACAUGGGUUUGCGACUGUUGGGUUGUCUCUUUAAUUUACCCACUGCUGUGAUAUAUGGGUCCCUGUCCCUCUUUGUUUCCAUUUUGCACAAUGUAUUCCUCCUAUAUUACGUGGAUACCUUUGUUUCUGUUUACAAGAUCGAUAAACUGUCCUUUUGGAUUGGGGAGACAGUGUUUCUAAUUUGGAACAGCCUCAAUGACCCUCUGUUUGGCUGGUUGAGUGACCGGGUAUUUCUUAGCACACAACAGUCAGGGGUGGAGAUCUCCUCACCAGAAGUCAUUCUUAAGAGACUUCAGGCACUGAGCCGCAAUGGGCCCCUUUUUGCCAUCUCUUUCCUGGCUUUCUGGGUUUCGUGGGCCCAUCCUGGUCUACAGUUCCUCCUCUGCCUCUGCCUCUAUGACAGCUUUCUUACCAUGGUGGAUCUCAACCACAAUGCCUUGCUCGCAGACCUGGCUGUUUCUGCAAAGGACAGGACUAGCCUAAAUUUCUACUGCUCGCUUUUUAGUGCCAUCGGUUCCUUCUCUGUCUUCAUGUCCUAUGCAGUGUGGAACAAAGAAGACUUCUUUUCUUUCCGGAUAUUUUGUGUGGUGCUGGCUCUCUGCUCUGUUGCUGGAUUUACUCUGGCAACGUGGCUGCUAAGACAACGAUUUGAGACUGAAGUGAAAUGGGACCAAGAGUCAACUUUAAAAGAAUUGUACAUUGAGCAACCAUCUGCCCCGCUGGAGAAGAGGAUUACGCUGGGAGAGUAUCUCAAACAGCUGUCCCGGCACCACAACUUCCUCUGGUUCGUCUGUAUGAACCUAGUACAGGUUUUUCACUGCCACUUUAACAGCAACUUCUUCCCUCUCUUCUUGGAACACUUGCUGUCAGAUCGGAUCUCUCUCUCUACAGGAUCCUUCCUACUAGGUAUUUCCUACAUCGCCCCUCAUCUCAACAACCUCUAUUUUCUGUCUCUCUGUCAAAGAUGUGGGGUUUACGCAGUGGUGCGAGGGCUCUUCUUCCUGAAACUGGCUCUCAGCAUCAUCGUGCUUCUAGCUGGACCCGACCAGGUGUAUCUGCUCUGCAUCUUCAUAGCCAGUAACCGGGUGUUCACAGAAGGAACGUGCAAGCUGCUGAACCUGGUUGUCACUGACCUGGUGGAUGAGGAUUUUGUCUUGAACCGUAGGAAGCAGGCCGCCUCAGCGCUGUUGUUUGGGAUGGUUGCCUUGGUAACCAAGCCAGGCCAGACCUUUGCCCCCCUGAUUGGCACCUGGUUGCUCUGUACUUAUACUGGUUAUGACAUUUUCCAGCGGGCCCCUCUGAGCAACGUGGUGAGCGCCCAACCAAAGUUGGCAUCCAAUGCAGCCUGGGAACCAACUCUGCGCCAAGGCUGCUUUUAUCUCCUCGUCUUCAUUCCCAUCACAUGUGCAUUACUGCAGCUCCUCAGCUGGUCGCAGUUCAGCCUGCAUGGAAGGCGUCUCCAGACGGUCAAGUCCCAGCGCCAGAGCCUGACUCAGAGUCGAUCACAAGAGAUCAAAAUGAUCUAGAUGUGCCUGAGCCCUUCAGCUCUCACUGGCUCUGUGCUGUGGGUGUGGUUAUGCCUCUCUACAGUCCAGGAGAUGCAGACUGAGACAAAGGGGCUUGCUGGUUAAGAACUGAAAGCGUUUACAAUUCAACUGUGAAAUACUCACAAUGCAGAUGUUUCCUCGCUCCAGGGGACAGUCGGUUUGGCAGGCAGGUACUCCAGAGACAGGGGUGACUGGUGCGUGCUCCGAUUGGGGGUGUUUGCUCAGGCUAUCAGAUGGAGUCUUAGGUCUUGCACUUUCUGCACCCAGGGCCCACUGAGGUGCUGCUGAUCUCAAGGGAGGGUGGGUGACAGUGGCAUAGAGUAAAGGAGACAGACAUUCUAACACAGUCUCUAGUGCAGUAUCUCACCCCAGGGGGCAUCGGUGGGAAAGCAGAUGCUGUUGGGCCAGCCCAAUGGUGGUUUUGUGCAGUUCCAUCCCGGAAACCUGGGCUCAGGGCAGCUCUGCAUUAGAAAUGUUACCAGUGUGCUAGUUAAGGGAGUGACUUGAUUUUAUGUUUUACUGGCAAAAGUCCCAGUGUAGACGCAGUUAUACAGGCAAAAUAAAGCUUUUGUGGAUAAAGCUUAUUUGGUUCAGGGAACUGGUAUCAGGCACACAGGCAAAAGCAUUCUUGUGUUGCUACAAGCUGCAUCUCCACAUAGCCCUACCUGCAAUCCUUUCUAGUGUGGACUAGGCCUCUGUCUCCUGCCCUGCUCUCACUCCCUAGCUCACCAGGAGCAGGCAGGGUUGCAGAGGCAUUGUGGUCAUCUCCUUCGGGGCAUGGAUGCUGUUCCUCACCAGGCCCUGCAGCCAGUUAGGGGGCAGGCAUGACAUUCUCUGGCAGGGGAGGGCUGGAAGAAAUGGUGACUCUGAGGCAGGGCCCUGGAGUUAGAAAGGGGUUUACUGCAUGAAAAAUUGGGAUGGGGGAAUCUUUUGGGAAUUGGGAUCUGAGACUCUUCAGUGUAGCUACUCCCUGCUGAUGUAAUGUCUUGCACCUAAUUCACUGCAGAGAAGUGACAGUUCUUAGAUCAAGCCCAUUCUGUCGGGUUCAGGACAAGCCUGUUCCCCGGAAUCAUUUAAUGUGAAGCAGAAUUCCUUUAGCAAGAUCAACACUCGUAUUGCAGCUGCAGAAGUCUCUCCUGGGAUGUUACUAAAUGUGACACUUCUUGAAGUCAUUCAACAGCCCAGAAGAAGCUGGGGGGACUUGCCCAUUGAGCUGGGAGCCCAAAUGAGGGGAACUCUUUGCUCAGAGUCCCAGUGUUAAUCGCUUUCACGCAACCUGCAGAGGCUUGUGUGAACGUGAUGCCAGACUCCCUGCAGUGAACGGGCACCUUCCCCGUGUUACUGCCUUUCAUCGGGGGUUGCUUAUCUGCUUCUUUCUCUGCUAAAUGGCUCAUGGUUCUUGAAGCCCAUUUUUAAACACAGUGUAGGACCUCCUGAUGUGGGGAGGGGUUGCUCUAGAGCCAAAGGGAAUUGAUACAGCAACACCAGCUUUGUUGUGGACCUGUACACCAGCAAGACCCAUACCCAGUGAGAGUGCUGAGCACUGUAACCCCUCCUCUUUGCAGCCUGUAAGUAAGAUGGCACAGGGCCUUACCACACAAGCCCUGUGUUCACAAAAGCAUUCAUCCCUGCAGUACAAGUAAUACCCCUGAAAUCAACAGAACUGCCUCAUCCCAGAGCUGUAGGAUUGAGCUCCAUGGAACCAAACUGUACCUGGUAAGGGGAAUAGUUCUGUGUCUGCCCCAGUCUGGGGGCAGUGGAGACUCUAUUUUAAAUCAUCCUGACAAACCUUAUUAUGAGCCUAAGACUGAGCCUCUCCACUGCUGGGGAGGGGAAGCUCAACCCUUCUUGUACUCCUAGUUCUUCUCUUCUAUCAUUAGUGAAAUUCAGGCCCAUUGAAGUUGAUGGUAAAACUCCCACUGACUGCAGUGGGGGCAGGAUUUCACCCCAUCUGUGUAAAUAGACAUUUGUUUUAUGUCAUCUGAGAGUAUACGUGCUGAGAAUUUAGAGCAGUAUCUAAACCAGUGAGAAUGGCAGAUCUGAUGAUAAAUUGCUUAGACUUUUUUGUCUUGUCUUAUUUUAAACCACGUCCUAGUGGUUGACUGACUAGCUCAGCAGCCAAACAGAAGUUCUGGAGCGAGAUAGCAAGAGGGGUUGAAAUCUACAGAAGGCCUUGAUCACGCUGGGGUCAGAACAAGCACACAUUUGUAGCGAGCACAGUUCUGAUCCGGGUUGCAAGCAGGGGCCGUUGAUCUGUGAAAUCCCCUGACUGGUUUGUCUCGGAAUGGUUUAUGCUGAAUCUAUUUCUGCUUGAGUCAGCAAAACUGGAUCAUGACCAAGAUGCAUCAUGCAAAACAUUUUGGGAUUUGGUCUGUUUUGACUGGAGGUGGACAAGCACCCGCCUACUCUCUCAGCUGUAGGAGAACAAGGAAAGCAUGGGGAGCAGGUGAAGGCCAAACUCCCCCAUCAUGUAUGUGCUGUGUAUUCAGUUAGACACCAGCUAGGUGCCCCCUCUUGUUCUGCUGUUAAGGGUGGAGCCAGCCAAACUACUGCCAUUUCACCUCAGGACACAGCCGCCUCGGGUCUCAGACCAAGAUGUAACGAAGCUGUAAUCGUUACUGCCUGGAGGUGUCUGUAUCUUUUGAUGGUUAAAUUUUAACUUAUUUAUGUAAUUUUUAACAAACUUUGACAGAUUCUUCAUUUCCUAAUGAGCUGAUUAAAAAUUACCUUUUCUGUA